UCUGCGCGUGCGCAUGUAGGCGUGUGUUCGUGCAUGUAAACUAACGUUAGCGGCCUUUUCCCUCUGGGUAACCGACGCGUGUUUUUUCCAUUAAGUAACCCCGACUUCCUAAAUUGUAAACAUAAACAGCAGCCCUGCCCCGACGCGCCCCAACCCCAAGCGGAGCCGUCAUGUGGCAGGAGGCCCGCAAACAUGAGCGCAAACUGCGCGGGAUGAUGGUGGACUACAAACGGCGUGGGGAAAGGCGAAGAGAGUAUUAUGAAAAAAUCAAAAAGGAUCCAGCCCAGUUCCUGCAAGUUCAUGGCAGAGCCUACAAAAUCCACCUGGAUUCAGCUGUAGCCCUGGCAGCUGAGAGUCCUGUUAACAUGAUGCCUUGGCAAGGAGAUACCAACAACAUGAUUGACAGGUUUGAUGUCAGGGCUCACCUGGACUACAUCCCUACCUAUACGCCUCUACCUAUACUUAGCACUACCACCCCUGAGCAGGAAUCAGAAGAGCGGAAGUGCAAUUAUGAGCGCUACAGAGGUCUGGUGCAGAACGACUUUGCCAGCAUCUCUGAAGAGCAGUGCUUGUACCAGAUCUAUGUGGAUGAACUCUACGGUGGCCUACAGAAACCAAAUGAGGAUGAAAAGAAAAAACUCGCUGAGAAGAAAGCUCAGAUCGGUUAUACUUAUGAGGACAGCACAGUGACUGAACAAGACGAACAAUCAAAGAAGGGAACUGAGGAGGACUCUGAAAACAGCGAGUCUGAGGAAGACGAAAUUAUCCCUGACAUCGAUGUUGAGGUGGACAUAGACGAACUGACUCCUGAACAGGUGUUGGAGAUUAAUAAGAUGGCCACCACUUACGGCAUGGCAGACGGAGACUUUGUUUGGAUGUUGAGGAAGGACAAGGAGGAAGUGGAGGCCAUUAAACACGCUAAAGCACUGGAGGCAGAGAAGGCCAUGUACUCUGGCCGGCGGUCUCGCAGACAACGAAGAGAGUUCAGAGAGAAGUAUAUGAAAGGCAGGCAGAUCAGCCCACCCAGCUAUGCCAGAAGAGACAGUCCUACAUACGACCCCUACAAACGGCCAGAGUCGGACUCAAGUUCAGAGUCACGCUCUCGUUCCCGAACUCCAGGCAAUGAUAAGAUCACCUUCAUCACAAGCUUUGGGGGCAGUGAUGAAGAGGGAGCGACAACCACAGCAGCCCCACCUGCAGCGGCAUCAAGCCACAGCACCUCCAACAGCGCAGGUCAUAGCAGGGGCUCCCGCCGAAGACGGUCUUCAUCGAGUCCUUCAUCAUUUUCCUCCCGCUCCUCAUCACACCGGUCUUCACGCUCAUCCUCGCGUUCUCGUCGGAGUCGUCGUUCUCGUGGCUGCAGGGACCGAGACAGCCGUUACUCCAGGUCUCGCUCUCGCUCACGUCGUCGGUCUGACUCACGGUCACGGCAGCGCAGUGGAGGAGUAAGUUCAAGGAGACGAUACGACAGGACAAGGUCUCGAUCUGUGGAUCGGGGGAGAGACAGGAUCAGAGAUCGGGACAGGGGGAGGCGCUACACGGGUCGUAGACGAACCAGAUCUCGCUCACGUUCACGAUCAGUUGAUCGUUAUCGGCAGCGAAGUCGCAGUUCUGCAUACAGGAGGGGCGGCAGUAUCAGUCAAAGCCCCUCACGUUCACCUGCUGCAAGCCGCAGCUCUUCCCCCUCCUCCCAUUCUGCUCUACCUGGCUCUGCUGCUCCAGACAAACUGAGAAAGCCUGAAACUCCGGGUGGUAAAGAAACUGGAGCUGCCAAACCCAAAAUGACGCCUCAAGAAAAACUCAAACUCCGCAUGCAGAAGGCCCUGAACAGGCAAUCCAAGGCGGAUAAGAAGGCAGCACAAGCUAAGAUCCAGCAACAAGAGCACAAGCGACAGGAACGAGAAGGAGUUCUUCGCGCAAUGGCACGGAAAAUACGCAUGAAGGAACGGGAACGGCGGGAAAAAGAGAGAGAUGAAUGGGAGAGACAGUAUGGACGUCAGAGUCAUUCGCCCUCCCCCAAUGCCAAAUACAGUCGGGACUACGGCUCAUCGAGAAGGAGAUCGCGCUCAAGGUCACGGAGUCCUCAUUACCGGUACUGAAGAACCAGCUGAUAAAAGAGACAAUGAAACAUCAAACAGAUGGUUUAGGAGUGAUUAAAGCAGUUUACAUGCAAGUUUGGAGGGAAAUUACAAAUAAAAUGAAUAUCACUCACUGCAGCUUCUCUUACAUCUUUUAAGGAUGCAAUGGAAACCAACUAAAUCCUUUCUUAAAUUGUGAAAAUUAACAACAUCAUGCUAUAGAAACGCAUUUGAACUCUUUAUAUUACACAGAAAACAUGAAUUCUUCUGAAUGCUUUGAGCUGCUAGGAUUCUUACAAAGCUUUGCAGAUUGUUUUCGGCCGAACUUUGAUAAUUAUGUGGAAGAUUAGGAUGAAUCCUCUUCCCUCAUGUCUUAAAGCCCCAUUAAAGAGUGUUCACAAACAAAAAAAUACAAACUGUCGCCAUUUUCUCACCCUCAUGUUGUUCCUAACGCGGCUGACUGACUUUCUUGAAAAACAUCAUUGACUAACUUUGAUUUAAUCUGUUGAAGAAGGGAAAAAGGUCAGCAAGGCUGAGUAAGUGACAUGCUUGUGUUUUCUAGGUAAACCUUCCCAUUUUACCUCAUUGUACAUAAUAUCCUCAACGAGAGUAAAUUUCUUUUAAAGAAAAGGCAGAUUCUAAUUGCUCAUCUUUUUCACUCAGUAAUGUAAAUGUCUGGUGGUUCUUCUAUUAAAAACAAUCAUCGGUGACCACACAUUUUGACAGAAAUAAAAACCUAAACAUGAAUGAAAGAUAAA